GCAGGGCCAUCACAAGCCGCUGGUCCCUGCUCGCGACCACAACAACCACGACAUGUUAUCGAAGGUUCUCGUCUCCGCGCUGCUGGUGGCGGUGGCGGCGGCGGCCCAGCUGCCCUCCACCUCCUACGGGACGCCCAGCAGAGGGCAGGCUGGGGGCUCCUUUGGGGGCGUCACUACCCGCCACGACGGAGGGCAUGGUGGCGGCGGGUUUGGCGGCCAGGGUGGAGCGCAAACUGGGAGCAGCUUCGGCGGGCACGGCGGGGGACAGGCUGGGGGCUUCAGCAGCCAUGGCGGCUCACAGGCUGGCAGCGGCUUCGGGGCCCACGGCGGGGGGCAGGCUGGGGGCCUCAGUAGCCAUGGCGGCUCACAGGCUGGCAGCAGCUUCGGGAGCCACGGCGGAGGACAGGCCGGGUCUGGGUUCAGCAGCCAUGGCGGGUCUCAGGCUGGAGGUUUCAGCGGCCAGGGAGGCUCCCAGGCCGGCGGCAGCUACGGGGGCUCCAGGGGGGCUGCAGGAGGCUUUGGCGGUGCCAGCGGAGGAGUCGGCAGGGGCCAAGGAGGCAGGGUAGACUACAGACCGUCCGGCCCCGUCGUCCCCAUCCUGGUGGACCAGAGGGACGGCCCCCACGCUGACGGCACCUACAGCUUCAACUUCGAGACUGGUGACGGCAUCAAGCGGGAGGAACAGGGCUACCCGCAGGGACCCGAGGGUGCCGUGGUGUCCCAGGGCGGCUGGUCCUUCACCUUCCCUGACGGCACACCUGCUGUCUUCAACUUCGUGGCUGACGAGAACGGUUACCGCGUCGAGUCUGACCUGAUCCCCACCCCGCACCCGCUCCCCGCCCAUGCCAUCGCCCAGAUCGAGUUCGCCCGCCAGCAGGAGGCGCAGGGAAUCUCCUACGACGGCCAACAAGGAGGCUCCGGCGGCGGCUUCCGGGGCUCUUCUGCAGGAGGCUUCGGAGGGGCGUCUGGGGGUACCGGGGGAGGUGGUGCUCACGGUGGCAGCUUCGGCGGGGCACAGGCUGGGGGCGCUCACUCUGCAGGCUUCGGCCCCACUCAUUCAGCAGGUUCAAGAGGCUCUCAAGGCGGCUUCAGCGGGGCACAGGCUGGGGGCGCUCACUCUGCAGGCUUCGGGGCCACUCACUCUGCAGGUUCAAGAGGCUCUCAAGGCGGCUUCAGCGGGGCACAGGCUGGGGGCGCUCAUUCUGCAGGCUUCGGGGGCACUCACCCUGCAGGUUCAGGAGGCUCUCAAGGCGGCUUCGGCGGGGCAGCUUCCGGGGGCUUCGGGGGCUCCCCUGCUCGCCCAGCCCCCGUCCAGACCCCAAGCAGGACCUAUGGCUACCCAUAAGGUCCCCUCGUCCACAACUCCCCACCUACUCGGCCUUCACUCGCCUGGCCCAAGACUCCGAUCUCAUCCCUCCCUCCCUCUUCCCUAGUCUCUCAUCUCUCUCCAUUUCAUUUCUCUUUCCUCCUCCAUUCCCUUCUCUUAGUUCCUCACUCCAGUCUUCCUUUCCCUUUCCUCCUUCCUUUCUCUUUUUAUCUAAUUCCUUCCUCUUCUCUUCUUUCCUCUCCCUCCUUCCUUUCACUUUUCUUUCCCCUUUCUGUUUUCUUUCCUUCUAGUUUGUCACUCGUCUUUCUUCUCCUUCCUUUCACUUUUUUUUCGACUGUCUCUCCCUUUCCUCCUUUUCUCUCCUCUCCUUCGCCUUUCCCUUUCCUCCCUCCGCCUGGCCUCCUACACACCUGUCUUGGCUCAGGUGUGGCGCCUCAUUACGCUUACCUGCCCACGUGCUUAGGCUUACGUGCAGUUCAUAGAUGAAAUACAGUUAUAUGUAAUGUGGAAAUGUCUUUUUGUUCAUUCU